UGUCUCCUCGUUUCAAUUUCCUUUUAUUAUUUAUGUAAUUUAUAUGGCUGAAUUUUAUAUUAGAUUUACAGAGAUUGUAUUCACAUGCGAAUUGUACAUAUGCCUCUGAAUUAUGGUAAAUUAUAUGUGACUUGAGAAGAGCUUUUGAAGCCCCUUCCGAGGCUCUGCUUUCGUCUAUGGCCUGUGCCUCAGAUGGAUAUUAUUUAUUUUUUGUGUUCGAAAAAUCGGCCUAGGCGCCCGCCUAGGCGGCCUGGGCGGGUCGGGUCCUUUUUUUUCCUGACUCUACUGAAAACCUACCUCACGCUGCCUCUCUCUCUCUCUCUCUGUGGCACGACAGACCACCACCACCAGGCCUCGACCCGCGACCCGCUCGGCCACCCGCGAACUGCGACCUCCUCGCCCAUGUUUUAGAGGCCUAGCCUUUCAUUUCAAGUAUUUUUCUUUGUAGUUUAUUUUCUUGAAUUGUUACUGCAUUUUGAGUCGGGGGUUCAUUUUGGUUUUCUGCUUAUUGCAUUUGGGGUGUUUCAUGUACUAUCUUCUCAACAUAAAGUUAGAAACUUGCAUCAUUAAUUUAAGGGGCAAUACAGAUCAUCUCUUUUAAUCCUUUUACUCAAGCAAGUGAUCAACAACAAUAUCAACUCGGUAGUAAUUGUAAAAAGGUUUUUAUUUUAUGUUUGGACUGCAAAGUUAACUUGAUGAUUCAAAGGUUUUUGACAUUUGUUUUCUGCCCUUCUUAAAUUGGUGCCUUGAUGUUGACAGUUGGACACUUAACAGGAGAAUAACAAGGUCUCUAGCUGUCUUGCAAUAUAGAAUUCUUCUUCAUCUUCUUAUUUAUUUCGAGGUUUUCCCAUUUUUUGAAGUUCAUAUUAAAUACCUCCUUGUGUUCUGUGUUUUUGUUUUGACUUCAAGGAAGUCUACACUUUUGUUUUCAAUUGUGCUAUAAUAAUGAACAACUAAUCUCGCAUUGUAUCACGCCUAUGAAAAAUGGCAGAAGAAUUGGAAUUGAGUGAAGGAUGCUUAGCCCAUCAACCCCAAAAGCCACUUGGACGCCGGGGCACCGCAAAAUAUUUUUUGAUCUUUGCCUGGAAGAGAUGUCAAAAGGGAAUAAGCCGGGGACGCAUUUCACUAAGGAGGGUUGGAGGAAUCUUAUUGAAUCAUUCUAUGAAAAGACAGGUAUAAGGUAUAGUAAGAGACAAAUGAAGAAUCAUUGGGAUUUCACCAAGAAGCAGUGGAAAGUCUGGGUUAAGCUAAUUGCUGAAGUUAGUAUGAAAUGGGAUCCAAGUACCAAUGGAUUUGGUGCUAGUGCAGAAGAUUGGGCUAACUACGUACAGGUAAACCCAGAAGCUGCACAGUUUCAGUAUAAAGAACUCCCAUGCCCUGACAUACUGGAAAUCGUUUUUGCUGGAACUAUGGAUUCUGAAGAUAUGGAACCUUCUAAUUCUCGGAGGCAAAGUAAUAGCUCGGACACCUCCCUUCUGCACUCCGAAGAACAAGAGUUAGUGACUGUGGAGGGGGGAGAUGAGCAUCUUUCGAAUGCCAUUCCCUUAAGGAGUUAUGAAAUGGGUCAGUCUAAACACCGUAGAACAACUGCAAGUGAGCAGAGUAUAUCUAGCUCAUCCCAGCCAAAGACAAAGGCCAUUUGGAUGCCUGCAACCCAUGAAGUAUUUCUUGAUCUAUGUCUAGAAGAGGCAUUAAAGGGGAAUAAACCCGGGACACAUUUUACCAAGGACGGUUGGAGGACUAUUGUUGAAUCCUUUCAACAAAAAACUGGCCUUAUGUAUAAUAGGUUACAGUUGAAGAACCACUGGGAUAUCACCAAGGAACAAUGGAAAGUCUGGUGUAAGCUAAUUGGCACAAGUAGUAUGGGUUGGAAUCCAAACAGCAGAAGAUUUUCAGCAAAUGAUGAAGAUUGGGCCAACUACUUAGAGACAGACCCAGAAGCUGCACCAUUCCGCUUUAAGGAACCUCAAUCCACCGACAAGUUGGAAACCAUAUUUGAUGGAACAACAGUUACAGGAGAGACAGAGCCCCCUGCUAGGCGGAGGAAGUUUAAUCAUGAUUUGAGUGCAUCUCUUUUGCAUAUAGAAGAAGCAGGCACAGUGAACCGAGAGAGGGACGUUGAGCAUCUUGAUGCUGUAACAGUUUCUUUUAUGCCUGGCAAGCAAACUUAUAGUAUUGGGGAGUGCAUUGCCUGUCUUGAUGCCAUGGAGGACGUAGAACAAGGAAGCGAGCUCUAUUUGUUUGCAUUAGAUGUAUUUCUGAAAAAGGAAUACAGGGAAAUAUUUCUUCAACUGAAAAAGCCUAGUGUAAGGAUUGCAUGGUUGCAGCGGCUGCAAUCUGUUGGUCCUCCAUUGUUCUAGGGUGCUUGUUAGCUCUUGGAUUUCUCUUGUAAUUUUAGACAGCUAUUAUGUAGGUAGCAAGUAGAGUUGCUUUUUAAUGGAAGCCAAAGCCAAAGGCAAAGUGAUUGGAUUUUAUCAUAGCUAUUGUUUAUC